AUGCUCUUAAGCAGUCAACGAUUGACCUGGAUGCGAAGCAGUGUGAUUACCCUCCCCCCAUUUGCACUCCUUAGGCAGCCGGCAUAUCUAAUGGUAGAAAGAUUGACUUACCCAAAAUCGACCCCCUCGGCACAUGACAUCAACCCUCUUGUGGGUCACGCCCUUCAUGCAGACAUUUCUGCCCGCUUUCGAGCCCUUCAAGGCAGUAAUGGUCCUGUCAAGUCUGUAUCCAUAAAAACAAAAUCUGGCACCUCUUUAGACAUACCCGAGUUGCGGAAGGGAGACGAGGACAAGACUGUAGAAGAGUUACUGGCUGAACUCGGACCAGAAGAGGAGUGGGCAGUCGACAAAGGCGAGGACGACCAAGUAAGAGACCUACUGAAAGAGGCGCAGGACGCACUCAAGGGUCCACCACACACAGAAAAGAAUGAUGAUCUCCGAGACGUAGAGCCAGGGGCUGCGGGCAACGAGCAGCAAAAGCAGACUGCGCGAACGCUGAGUAUCGACCUCUCCGUAUUCCAACCAGAACCCGAUUCCGAAGUGGAGGACACUGCGGAAGCGCAGCGGCAAACGAAAUCGGAGCUUAACCACUCGCUAGACCUAGAAGCACACGAAUACCUCGAGCGUGUCUUGGACGAAAUCAGUCAUGAGAACACAGCAACCCAGCAUAUCGAGCAAGAAGACGAUCCGCCCCCAGAAUAUCGCGAAGCCGAAAGCCAUACACCCCUAUCACCUACCUCGCAUCACUUGCCAUUAUCCUCAACAUCCGACCUUCCCUCCACCCCCUCAAAAGACCCUGUCACACCAUCACCAUCAUCUUUCUCAUCACAAACCCCUUCCACAACCGCCGACCUGAUGACACGCUUCACAUCCCUCUCCCUCGCCCUCCCCAGCGUCCCCACCACCCUCCCUAAACCCGCAUCCUCGCCUUCCCCCAAAUCCUCAAACACUGGAAACACAUACACCGACGCCGAGAUCUCAACUUGGUGCAUCAUCUGCCUCGACGACGCGACCCUGCAAUGCAUCGGCUGUGACGGGGAUCUGUACUGUAGGGAUUGCUGGAUGGAGGGCCAUCGUGGGGGGAGUGCCGGGGUGGAGGAGAGGAGACAUCGGGCGCUGGAGUACAAUAAGGAUAGCAAAGGGAAAAGGAAAGAGGAGGAGCAGAGGGAGAGGAGGAAGAAGAAGAGGGUCGGGUUGGGUGCUGUGUGA